UUCCUUUCGUUCCUUGUUUCUUUUUUAUUUUUUUGAUUCUUUUAUGAACAGAGGAGGAGUAGAAUCAGAGGAUUUUUGUAAUUUUGUUUUUGAAAUUUUCUUUGUUGUGAUUUCUUCAAAUCCUGCUGAUGAUCGAUGAUUUUAGGCAACGAAAUAGCGAACGCGGAAACCAGAGAGAUCGAGAUCGAGAAAGGGCUCAAGCUAGGGCUGGAAGCAAGACCAAGCAACCGAGAAACGACGGCUCGACGCCUGAACAGCGACGCGAAAGGGAUGCAAAAGCUCUUCAGGAGAAGACGGCGAGAAAAGCUGCAAUGGCUGCCGGAGGAAUCAACGCUGGCGGCGGAGGUAAAAUUAAGUAACUGCAGAUUCGAUUUGGAGUAAGUAGGAGAAGAUUUAUGGUAAAAUCCAUCCAUUACUUGGAUUCCUUUGCAUUAGAACGAGUUUGACUCUGCUUUCGAAUGGUUAUUUUUGUAGUUUUUGCUGGGCUUCAAAUGCUUGUUCUCUCUUCCAACUUAUUCAUAUUUGAAUGAAAAUGAUGUCAAA